GCUUCAGUAAAUAAAGCCAUCAAAGCCACCUCGCUUAGCACAGAGCUCUCCGCGAGGCACAGCGUAACCAUGAACCAGCCGAGCUCUCCGUCUUCAAGCUCAACAUUCCAACUUUCAGCACGCGUCUGCUCACCUAGACCAUGAAGAGACAAAACGUGAGGACCCUCGCCCUCAUCAUCUGCACCUUUACCUAUCUGCUGGUUGGAGCAGCUGUUUUCGAUGCUCUGGAAUCUAAGCAAGAGACCUCCCAGAAGAAAAAACUAGACGAUAGAAAAGAUGAAUUGAUGAAUAAAUAUAACCUGAGUAAAGACAACUUUGAUGAACUUGAAGGGGUGGUAUUGCAACUGAAACCCCAUAAGGCUGCAGUGCAGUGGAGAUUCGCAGGAUCUUUUUAUUUUGCUAUCACUGUGAUCACAACGAUAGGGUAUGGACAUGCAGCCCCCAGCACAAACGGAGGGAAGGUGUUCUGCAUGUUCUACGCCCUCCUGGGGAUCCCCCUCACCCUGGUGAUGUUCCAGAGCCUGGGCGAAAGGAUCAACACCUUUGUCAAGUACCUCCUUCACCGCAUCAAGAAGUGCCUUAAGAUGCAGCGGACGGAUGUAUCCAUGGCUAACAUGGUGACCAUCGGCUUCUUCUCCUGCAUUAGCACACUGUGCAUCGGGGCAGCAGCCUUUUCCCACUACGAGGACUGGAGCUUCUUUCAAGCCUAUUACUACUGCUUUAUCACGCUCACCACCAUUGGCUUUGGGGACUAUGUGGCCCUGCAGAAGGACCACGCACUGCAGAACAACCCCCAGUAUGUGGCUUUCAGCUUCAUCUACAUCCUCACUGGCCUGACGGUCAUUGGGGCCUUCCUGAACCUGGUUGUGCUCCGCUUCAUGACCAUGAAUGCAGAGGAUGAGAAGCGUGAUGCUGAGCACCGCGCCUUGUUUACCCGCAACGGACAGGCCAGCAGCACGUGCAGCCCUGUCGACCCCCCGGCCACGGCAGCCUCCGCAGGUCGAGGCUUCCGCAACGUCUACGCUGAGGUGCUGCACUUCCAGUCCAUGUGCUCCUGCCUGUGGUACAAGAGCCGGGAGAAGCUGCAGUACUCAAUACCCAUGAUCAUCCCCAGAGAUCUUUCCACCUCAGACAGCUGCGUGGAUCAGAGCGAUGGCUCCCCAGGCAGGUUCCCCGAACUGCGCUCCAACGGCUGUGUCUGCAACAUGCAGCAGCGCUCUGCCAUCAGCUCUGUGUCUACCGGGCUUCCCAGCCUCUCCGCUUUCAGGGGACUUAUGAAAAGGAGGAUCUCAGUGUAGCCAUUGGAAUACUUUAUUUUAUUAACAUUUUCCACAAAGGACAAUGAGGAAAACUUUAUUAUUUUAGCAAAAUUUUAAAAAAUGCUUUGAAAGCUUUCUAGAAUCUCAAGAACCAUUACAUUAUCAGUGCACUAGAGCGGCCAUUUUGAAAAAAGCUUUGAAACAGAUUUUAAAGUUCUAAGUGUAAAAAGCUGUCAGGAUGUUAACAAUGAAAAGAAAAAAUACAGGUAGAUUAUCUAAACAGUUGUAGCAACACGUGGGGAGCACAUUUUCCGGAGCCCCGCUACUUACUCUUUAAGACCAGCUAUCUCAAAAAAAAUAUCUGUUCAGUGCUCUUUAUGACACACCAGGCAACCAAUAUACACCUCCUAACAUUAACAUUGUUUAACAACAUUUGACAACAUUUUCUGUCUAGGUAGCGUAGCAUGUUUUCUUUUCUAUUAAAGCCACGUGUUUAAUUCUAGAUAAUAAACUGCUGAUUACCAGAACAGCUUUGUAUAUGCUGUAUUUAUAGGAAUGAAAAUCUUUAUAAUUUUCAGAAAUGAAUAGGAUAAUUUUGGAGAGGGCCUAUUUUUACACUUAGUAAGGUUAACCCAGUUUUAUCGUGUUACUUGUGUGGUGGCCGGCCCAACUUUACAGUGGACACAUUUUUUCUGCUUGGGUGUUUUACGAUCCAAUUCACACUGAAUGUUAAAUGCUACUAAGUUAAUUUUACAUAUGCACCUUAAUAUUCUGUUGAUUCAUUGUAUAGUUGGCCAUGAUGUAUUUGAAUUCACUUUUUACCCAGAGCAUGUUGGCUCAUUUAGUGUAGGGGUAGUUUCAUCACUGCAGCACUUUGGUAUGCCAGACCUCCUUUAGGCAUUGAUUCUACUUAGAAUUCAGGAAUCAAAUUACAGUACUGUAUAAUACAAUAAUGGAAUAGUGGCAUUUUAUCAAACAAUAUAAUCUAUUUCUUAACAAAUAUUGUGUGUUAAAAUACAAAAUAAACUAUUUUACAGAUGUAUAAUUGAUGUUUUUUGAGGAUUAAACUGCAACAGAUAUUCACCCACAGUUUGGAACCUGAUCUAGACCUGGACACUUUAAGCAUGGGAAAAACAAUGCCAGUAUACAUUAUUUCAGUUCCUUUAGCUGUAUAUGUCAUGUCUAUGGAAAUGCUCAUUAUGUUAUUUGGUUGAAGCAAUAUGUUACAGAAUCCCAUUCCAAUCUGCUUUAAUUUCGCUCUGCUGCUUAAACUGAAAAUGACAUUGAAAUUUCUUCUGAUAAAUAAAACACCGAAUUGUUGUAUCAUUCUGCAUUGGUCAAAAUGGCCUUUUCUAUGAAUUAUCAAGUUAUUUCAAUGGCUUAAUUGGCUCAUCUAUGGCUUUAUCCCAUUAUAUGUGACACUCUGUGAUCAUACAUGCCUAAAUGUGUUUAAUGUGGAUUGAAUGUUUGAUUCAAAUGCCAAUAAUUAUUAACAGUCACUCCAGCCAAAUAACUAGUAUUAUUAAAUUAAAAAAAUUGUAUUUAGACAAAUAUGUAGACUACAGUAUUUUUCACAAACAGAUGUGUAUAGAAAAUGUAAAUAAAUAAGACACUAAAGUA